AUGUCUAUGUUGCCACCUUUUGAGACAUUCUCAGUAAAAAACUCCAUCGAAUUUGCAAAUGAACUCAAAAAUGUACAAAUUCAGGAAGAUGAAGUGAUGGUAUCGUUUGAUGUGUCGGCAUUAUUCCCUUCCAUCCCUUUGGACCAUGCGCUCGUUUCACUUGAAAACCACUUACGAAAACAUAAUGUACAAUCGGAUCAUUUGAACAUUUAUAUGGAAACUGCGAAAUUGUGCAUGAAAAUGAACUACUUUGAGUAUAGGAAACGAUAUUUCAAAAUUGAAUCGGGAACCAGCAUGGGCAACCCGCUGUCACCAUUAAUCGCUGAAGCAUUUAUGUCGAAACUGGAAAUGGAAUUAAAAGAGAAGGAUUUUAUCCCAAGAUUUUGGAAAAGAUACGUCGAUGAUAUUUUCGCUAUUGUAAAAAGAGACAACGUUAACACUUUAUUGGAAAUUCUAAAUAAUUUAUAUGAAGGUGUGAACUUUACAUUGGAAGUCGAAACUGAUAAUUCUAUCGUUUUUCUUGAUUUGAUGGUACAACGAAAUCGAAAUUGGAGUUUAUCACAAAGAAACAAGCACUUUUAG